AUGGUUGGACCUAAAAUAUUAAUAUUUGGUUCGAUCAAUAUUGAUGAAUUUUUCAAUGUUCCUCACAUUGUCAUUAGUGGUGAGACUAUAUCAAGCACCAAGUAUACACAAAAAGCUGGAGGAAAAGGUGCAAACCAAUCAGUAGCUAUAGCAAAAGCAGGUGCGAAGGUGUGGCAUGUCGGAAAAAUUGGUCGUGAUGGAAUUUGGAUUAAAGAAUACAUGAAAAGCCAAUUAGUGAACGUAGAACAUAUAAUUAUAUCUGAAGAACAGCCAACUGGGCGGGCUUUCAUUCAACUUUCCCAAAGUACACGGGAUAAUGCUAUAAUUCUGCUACCAGGAACGAAUUAUUUGCUGAAUGCAAUCGAAGCACAAAAAAUUUUAAUGCAAGGCUUUGGAAAAGGUGAUUGGUCAGUUUUCCAAAACGAAAUAGGGCAUGUUGGUGGUGAGAUAUUGAAACUUUGCAAAAACCAUGGGCUGACGACUGUUUUAAACACAGCACCAAUUUCAGAAGAUAUUACAAAAAUAUUUUCAUUUGACCUCAUCGAUUAUUUAAUUAUCAACAAAUUAGAGGCAACCCAGCUAUAUCAGCAAGUUUUUGCUAUUAAUGUCACUAUUGAACUAUCACCAACUGAAUUACUGGAUAAGCUUUCAAAUGCAUUUCCUCUAUUAAUUGGUAUUAUCAUUACACUUGGGAGUGAUGGAUUAGUGGCCUGGUUUAAACCAGAAAAACGCGUAUAUACCUUACCUGCAUUUAAAACAACUUUGUGUGAUACCACUGGAGCUGGUGACGUAUUUACAGGCUAUUUUGUUGCUGGUCUUACUAGAAAUCAACCGAAAAAUGAACAUAAUAGUGAUCUUAUAUCUGCCGAUACUAAGUCACCUAUUUUACCAACGGCUGAACAGUUUUUGGACUCAUUGAAAGAGGCAAUUGUAGCAGCUGGAUUAGCUGUAAGCAAGUAUGGUGCAAUGGAGAGUUUUCCAGAUUUAAAAGAAGUCAAAGAAAAGUUAGAAUCUUUUUAG